AACAGUCCAGCAAAACAAGCUCCGGCAAAGUCUGAGCAUGCCGACUAUCCGACCGGCGAGGAUCCACCGGCGUCCAAACCGCGGAAUUGAGCCACGGUGGACUGCCAACCCGACCGAUCGAUUGGCUCUAUUCUUCCGACCCCAAUUCAAUGGCUGCUUUUUUUUUCUUCUUUGCUCCCUGCUUGGACAGCGCAUUCGGACGCUAUGUCGCCAGAGCCAGUCAUAAGACCGAAUAUCUUCCGUCAUAAGGGUCGGGUGAAGACGCCAUCGUCGGCUUCUUAACCUCGGGAAGACGCUUCUUUUUCUACGACUUUUCCUCCCCUGUCGGUCUUUUUCCCGCCGCGACAAGCUUUUCUCGGUCGGCAUCAUGAGUCAAUGCUCCGAAAAGUCGGAUCCCGACCUCGAGCGAUCGUCGGUUGACGCCGUCGACGAUCGUCCGGGCGACACCGCGCACGAGCUCGAGCUCGAGCGCAUCCAUACCUAUCGGCUGCAGCAGCAACAGACCGUGGGAUCGACUCGCAGUCGCACGCCGCGCGACCGAUGGCUGCCCAUGGGCGCCGGCAAACCGUAUCCGCCGUCGCUGCCGGAGUCGGAGGGAUUCGUCGUCGAAUUCGAGGGCGCCGACGAUCCAAUGCACCCGCAGAAUUGGCCCAUGAAGAAACGAGUGACGAUCGCCUCGCUGUUGACCUUCUGUGCCCUGGUUACGGCCUACGCCAGCGCCGUCUUCGCUACGGCCGGCCCCGGCGUUAUGAAGGAGUUUGGAUUCGGCAAGGAGGUCGCCGCCCUGGGCACGACGCUGUACGUCCUGGGUUUCUCGGGCGGUCCCACGAUCUGGGCGCCCGCCUCGGAGCUGAUCGGCCGGCGAUGGCCGCUGAUCAUCGGCAUGCUGGGCUUUGACAUCUUCACGAUCGCCUGCGCGACGGCCAAGGACACGCAGACGGUCAUGCUGACCCGCUUCUUCUCGGGCUUCUUCGCCGCCAGCGUGAUCGCGCUGGUGCCGGCCAGUCUGUCGGACCUGUUCAACAAUCACCAUCGCGGCAUCGCCAUCGCCAUGUACACCAUGAGUGUCUUCACCGGCCCUUUCACGGCGCCCUUCGUGGGGGGCUUCACGGCCGAAAGCCACCUGGGCUGGCGCUGGACGCUGUACGUGCCCGCAUUCGUAGGAUUCUUCAGUCUGAUCCUGAUGGCGCUGUUUGCGCAGGAGACUUACGCCCCAGUGGUGCUAUCGCACAAGGCCAGCAUCCUGCGGCGCCAGACGCGCAACUGGGGUAUUCACGCGCGGCAGGAUGAGUUGGAAGUCGAUUUCCGCGAGCUGGUCACCAAGAACCUGGCCCGUCCUUUUCGCAUCCUCUUCACCGAGCCGAUCGCCUUUCUCCUGACCUUGUAUAUGUCGUUUAUCUAUGGGCUGGCCUAUGCCCUUCUGUCGGCCUACCCCAUUAUCUUCCAGGGCGUGCACGGCAUGGGCCUCGGCGUCGGCGGACUGCCGUUCAUCGGCUUGGUCUUGGGCGAGAUUGCCGGAAGCACGUUUGUGCUGUCGCUGCAGCCCGCGUAUGCACGCAAGCUGGAGGCGAAUAACAACGUGCCCGUGCCCGAGUGGCGUCUGCCGCCGUGCAUCGUGGGCGGCGUGGCGUUUGCCGGCGGCUUGUUCUGGUUCGGCUGGACAGGCUAUAACCCGUCCAUCCACUGGAUGGCGCCCACGGCAGCCGGCGUGCUCGUGGGGUUUGGCAUCACGUCGAUCUUCAUGCAGGGGUUCAACUACCUGCUGGAUUCGUAUUUGAACUUCGCCGCCUCGGCGUUCGCCGCCAAUACGAUGAUGCGUUCGAUGGUCGGCGCCUGCUUUCCGCUCUUCACGCGUCAGAUGUUCAAUAAUCUGGGCGUACAGUGGGCCGGCACGUUGCUGGGCUGCAUCGCCGUCGUGAUGAUUCCCAUCCCAGUGCUGUUUCUCAUCUUUGGGCCGCGACUGCGCCGGAAGAGUCGGCUGGCACCGUCGGGCGAUGACGGCGUCAAGCGGGCAUAACGCUGCAUGGAUCGAGAUCCCGGAUUCGCCGGGAUCGGAUGAGAAGAUCGAAUAAUCCCCUAAUGUGCAAUAAUAGACUAGAAGAUAGACCAUACAUAGGAGACAG